AUGGCGUCUCGUGUAGUUCUUUCUCGUCUCAUUUUUAUCAUAUCUUUCGCUCUUCAAGCGCUAAACGUGCUCAGUGAAAGUGCGCAACCCACACGUAAUCAGCAUCGAAGAGCGUUACUAGAACAACAAACGACCGGCGCGGAAAAAGAUGACGUAUCUUUAAGCAGAGUGGAACGUCUGGAGCGCUUGCGACAGAAGAGACAUCAUCGUCGUCACCAUCAAGGAUCGACGGCGGCAACGUUAGCAGCACUUCGAGACGACAGGGAAUUUUCUUUACUUCCGACGAGAGAAGGAAAAGAGGAGGAAAAAUGGACGAGACAAAGCGAGAGACUUCAAAGACGAGAGAAGGAGAGAAUGGAGAGAUUGAGACUGAAACGAGAGAUGGAAGGAGGAGGAGAAGAAGAAGAAGAAGAAGAUAAAGAUGCCGUUGUGGCGAAGACGGCGACUUAUGUGAAGGAAGCGAGUUUCUCGAACUCUGCUUCUGAUUCUCCUCAGUCGUUACCGGCGGUGCACGUCUUAAAUUUAGUAACGGGCACUGGUUUAGGACAAAUAGUUACCGCUUUGGUGCCAAUUUUAGAAACACUGAAACACGCCGGAUACGAAACGUUUGCUGUGCACGAAUGCGGAGGAGAUCCGCCCUGGAAAACUGAUUGGGAAAAGUUGGUUUCCUGUGAAGAACGAACAGAGAAGAAUAACAUUUAUCAUAAUUUUAAGAGAACGUACGAGAUUGGAGGUAAGCAGACUUUGAUGGAAGUGAUGAAGGAGUACGAGAAAUACGAGAGCAGCAACGAAGUAGAUCAUCUCAACGGGAAUAUGAACGAUUGGAAAGAGAUUUUGAGUAGUAAAGAGAUUUAUGGGAAUGCGAAAAAGAUGUUGAUGGUGCAGCAAAUGCAUAAUAAAUUCGCUCAGACAUCGAGUGAGUCUAUUUGCACUUCGACGCGAUACUGGUUCGAUGCGCCUGUCGGUGAUUUGCUAGAGUUGGUGAGAAAGCCUGAGAGUGAAAUGCAUAGAGUCAUCACCUUUCACAUACGCACGUUCGCGGAUGAAAAUAUUGGUAUUGCUUUUAACGACGAUUUAACGUUGAAUGAGGAAUUAGCGGAGAAACGACGUGACAAGGGGAAAGCACCGGAGCAGAGAAUAGAUCGCAUCAAGAAAGUUGCGCCCGAGUUUCCUAAAAUGAUUCAAAAAAUGGUGGAUGUUUGUACCAUAUUGUUCGAAAGAACGGGUAAAAAGACGCAUGUGGCCGUGGACUCCCAGGCUGUUCGUGAUUAUCUAAGAAAGCAUCGAACAGUCAUGCAAGUAAUUUCGACAGAUAUUGUGAAAAAUGAAGAACACUAUUAUACAGAGCCGGCAUAUUCACUGAAUGAUAUUGCAGAUUGGUACUUAUUGUCUUUAGGACAAACGAUCGUCGGAUUUCCAACAAGUUCGUCUUAUAGUAGUUCUGCUCACUGCAGAGGUGGUAGCGUCAUACAUUACGCAGGCACGGAAAGCGAAUUUACGGAAACAGUGUAUAAGGUAUUGGAAAGCGAAUUUAAGGAGGAUAUCUUUACUUCUGAAACAAUUUCAACCACGGCUCAAUCAAUUGUUGAUAUUGAGAUAGAUACAAAUGCUGAUCCGAAUAAUGAUGAUAAUGGCGACGAAAACGACGUAAAGAUGAAGCUGGAAGAUAUUCCUUUCCCGUCUCCUACGGAUUCUGAGUUUCGGUUUCAUGAAACCUCCUCUGGUAUCCGCACGUGCCUUCCCGGCGUUCCAGCCGAAUACUCUGACGUGCUCACAGCCGAAACCGUAACGGGGAGCUCGAUAUCACCAGACGAAUGUCUUUGGCUGAACGAAGUGAAAGGCACCGGAAUAGCGGCGUCUAAAUUACCUUCAGAUUGUGUUCCAGAUAAAACGGUGUAUUCUUCAUACGCUAACGCGUACCAUUGGGAAAUGCUGAUAUUCAACUUACAAAACAUCAAAGACCGCGAAUGUUUCAUGAAUAGACUCAUGAUUGAGUGCAUGGAUGAUAAGGCUAUGGAGUUGUGCAAAGGUUCGGGAUACAUUAAGCAUUGCGUUCCGUACCCAAAAGCUAUGCGCGCAUCUGACUACGAACGCCCUGAGGGUCAAACCGAGUCAAAAACCGAUUAUAACGCACUCACAUGGAUCAAGGAGAAAGUAGCAUUCUCACUCAUGCACGCCGACAUAUCCGUCUUCACGUUUGAUAGCGACGUACUCUUUUUCGAUGUUCCAGAUUUGGCGGAGAUUCAAGCAACCAAACCAGACGGUAUCAUAUUCUUCCAGCUCGCCUCAAUUGAAGACGAAGAAGUUGAAAAAGCUGGCGAGUUUACGAAGGAGUACCACUCUCAUCAGGAUUUCAAUGCCGGUCAAUUAUUCUGGAAACCAAGCGAAGACAUGAAACGCGUGCUUUUGAAGGCGUUCCGAGCUGGAAACAAAAGUGGUAAGAUCGACGUCCUCGAUCAGUUCUAUUUUUCGGGCACCCUUCGCGAUGAAGAUGAUGGCGCCGUGUGGCAAAAGGCACACCAUUUAUCGUCCAAGUUUGAUUCGGGGUGUUUUCAUCACAGACCUUACGACGAAGAGAAGAAGUUAAAGAGAACGACUUUCCACGCGUGUUGCCAUACUACGUUAAGCCAAAAGCUCCACGGAUUGAACGAAGCGCAGGAGUACUUUUUAGAACACAAGAGGGAACGAGAGCAGCAAUUAUGA